GUAGCCAAUCUGGCGUCGACUUACUGGAAUCAAGGCCGGUGGCAUGCAGCGGAAGAGCUGCUUGUGCAAGUGAUGGAGACUCGCAAGCAGAAGCUGGGAGCGGACCAUCCUUCCACGCUAACCAGCAUGGCCAAUCUAGCAUCGACUUGCCAAAAUCAAGGCCGGUGGGAUGUAGCGGAAGAGCUAGAGUUGCAAGUGAUGGAGACCAGUAAGAAGAUGCUGGGAGUGGGCCAUCUAGACACACCGACCAGGAUGAACAAUCUUGCUUUUACCUGGAAAGGGCAGGGUCGCAAUGCAGAAGCCAUUAAACUUAUGAACCAGUGUGUGCAGUUAAGUCGUCACAUUCUCGGCGUUAGCCAUCCACAUUAUAUAUCUUCCUCGAAGACGCUAGCUGUAUGGGAGGCAGAA